AUGACUUCUGAUUCCAUGGUCAGAGUAGGCCGUGGAGGCGCCGGCAACUACCACUCUGCCCCCGUCAAUAAGAAAGACGCGUCCGGCAAGAGCCAAGUCGCUGGCGCCACACAGCCCGCCUCGGCACCCGCGCUGACGGGUCGUGGAGGCGCAGGAAAUAUCCUCUCAGGGUCCAACGCCGUCGCGCAUACAGAGGGCAAGGAGCGGCUGAAUAACCUCGAGGCCAUCGGGACUGCCGCCGCGAGCAACCAUGACCACAAUAUGCUAGCCGGCCGUGGCGGCGCGGGCAACUGGCGCGACACCAGAGCGACGAGAGAGGACGAGGACGAGGAUGCGGCGCGGGAUGCCGAGGCGCGCAGGGCGAUAGUAGCUCACGUCAACUUUGAGCUGCGCAGACCAGAGCCGACGCAUACCAGGGUGCGGCACAGCGAGCGCCGACUGCAACCGACGUAUAUCAGAUUGCGGGACAACGAGCGCCAUCUCAACCGGUACCUCUGA